GUGGAUAUGAUUGAUAGUGUAGUGGCGGCAGUUUGAGCGUGCGCCAUUUUCAACCCAUCCCCUUCCUUCCUCCCUUCCUCCGCCGUCCAUCCAUCCCAUGGCUUCCUCUUCCUCUGCCCUGCCUUCUAGAACCUUCCACUCCCGCCGCAGCUCCGCUCCUCCCGUUCCGCCUCCGAUUCCACCUCCUUCGAGGGAGAUCCCGUGCUGCGUCUCCCGGCGGAGCGCGGCCGCGCGGCUCCUCCUCUCCGCCGCCGCCGGCUUCCUCACCGCCGUCUCGCCGCCGCCGCCGGCAGCGCUCGCCGCCAGGAGAGGACGCCGGACCGUCCCGCCGGAGGACUACUCCUCCACACCUGAUGGCCUCAAGUACUAUGAUCUUGUCGAAGGGAAGGGCCGAGCUGCUGAGAAGGGCUCAACAGUGCAGGUUCAUUUCGACUGCAUAUACCGCAGCAUCACAGUGGUGUCGAGCCGUGAGGCUAAGCUCCUGGCGGGCAACCGGAGUAUCGCACAGCCUUAUGUGUUCACUGUCGGAUCGUUGCCUGGCAAAGAGCGGAAGCGGGAUUUCGCAGACAAUGCCAACGGGUUGUACUCCGCGCAGGCUUCACCCAAGCCUCCACCGGCGAUGUACAUGAUAACUGAGGGGAUGAAAGUAGGCGGGAAGAGGAGGGUAAUUGUCCCACCAGAGCUCGGUUAUGGCAAAAAGGGGAUGAGCGAGAUACCACCUGAUACUAGUUUUGAACUGGAUAUAGAGCUUUUGGAAGUGAUCCCUCCUAAAGAAAAUUGACCAAUUUUGUCUUCACUGGAUGGGAAAAAUCGAUGAGGUACUUGUGAAGUUUCACAAAAUUUAGAGGAAUGUAUUUAUUUUAUACAUGUUUCGUUCUUAUUAACCAGAGAUGUAAUUGAGAAUAUUUUGCCCGGGUAUCUAUAAAUACACCGAGACACAAAGCUUUUUUCCCUUUUUA